AUGGAGAAGUUUAAUCAAGAUGAAGCCCGUAAAGGUCUCUCAUUACUACCCGAUAUUGUCCAAACGCUACUACCGUAUUUGGACUUGGAAGACAUCAGGAGUUUAUCGUUAACAAAUAAGUAUUAUCAUAGAUUACUGAAUAUUAAGGAAUCUGGUACUGUAUGGCAUGAGCUAUUUCAUAAGGCAUACGGAAGGUUACUGACAGAUGAUGAGCCAUUUCAAAAUAGAGAAGCUGAGAAAUUUCAAACGUGUUGCGAAGUCGUAUUAACUCAUACGCUUCCUACGUUAACAUGGCAUGAAUUAUACGAGAAAAGGUCGAGCGAUGCAAAAUUCUAUACCUGGGGUUGUCUAAAACACGCAAGAUUAGGCUAUACGGCGAUUUCUAACCCAAAUUUAACAGAUGACGAUUUGAAUGGAACUGGAACAAGGUUUAAGUUUGGAGUAAAUAAACCUACUUUGGUUCCCUGGUUUCCUGAAAAUGCAAAUAUUAAUCAUAAGGCCAUUAGGCAGAUUUCUGGGGGUGGGUUUUCUUUCCAAGUAUUGACAUGCGCCGGUAAGAUUUACUCUACAGGGCCUACAUAUACCGGAGGUCAUAGAGGACCGGGCCCCAGAGAAGGAGAAAGUGAUUUUAAUCCAUUUAGGGAAGCAAUUCAAAGGAUGGAGCAUUCAUGGCCAAGGAUACUUACUGCUGGGGGGCCAACUUCGAUUAAUACGACUGGCACUUUCCCUCAACCACUUGUGCAUGGACCAACGCCUACAAACAGAGAUUCCAGUGGGCAUUCUACUAAUCAUACUUCCAUUACAGAUGGACCACAUGAAAAUAUCUAUCAACAACUACAAGAAUUAGAACAGAGUGCAACGGAAUUAGUCCCGGGAAAUAAACAUAUACGAAGAAUGUUUAGCAGAUGCUCGUUUCCUAUAUAUUAUAGACACGAUCAUUCUCUUCAAAUUGAUCCAGAGAAGUUGGGAGCAAUAAAGUUUGUUGCAGUAUCUUCUGGUAGAAGUCAUUUCCUUGCCCUUGACGAUAAUAAUGAGUUAUACUCUUGGGACACUGCUGAAUCAGAACAUGGUAUCAAGAUACUUUUUGAUGAUCUACCGCUGAAGGAAACAAACCCAAUAGUGAAAAUUGCAUGUGGUUGGGAUUUUAAUUGUGUUUAUAUUUACGAUAUUGGAUUGGUGGUUUGGAAGGAGAGGGAUGCUUUACAAGAAGGAGAAUUAGCAUCAAACGCACAUUGUAUGGUGGUUCCUAAAAGUGGGGACACAGGUGGUGAAAAUAAAGUUUUAGAUUUUGCUUGUACCCAAAACAACUGUGUUUAUUUUAUUACAAAUAAAGGUGAUAAGCUCUAUUCCUAUAAUUUGGGUUUAGUGGAAUCCGUCGAUCUACCCCCCAUGCUUGAUGGCAAAUUAGAAAAAAUAGUUGCAUGCUUCUCUUGCUUGGUAUUAUUCACAGACCACAACUGUUAUACAGUCGGACUCAGGGAUAGUAAUAUUGAUAUGGACUCAUUUUCUCAACUAGUUUUGGAUGAUCCUGAAGAUCACAUCAUCUCAUUAAAAGGGGGUGACUAUCAUGUUGUAGCUUUAACUAAGAAAGGCCAAAUAUAUACCUGGGGAAUUGAAAGUCAAUUCUCGGGAUGCUUGGGAUUAGGUAGACCUCAACAUGUGGUUGAUGAGGUGCAUUUAGGAACCUGGAAUGGGCCAAGAAACGUGAAAGUACUAAAACCUACCAAGGUCCCAUUAGAUGACAAGUAUGUGUGUCUUGCAGUGGCUGCAGGCGGUUGGCAAUCGGGUGCAAUAAUUAUGAAGAAAUGA